AUGGACCGAUGUCGUCGAAAACGACCCAAAACCGCCACUUCUGAGUCUGACGAGGUUAUUAGCAAUGAAUGGGAAUUCAUAAACAUGACUGAACAAGAAGAAGAUCUCCUCUAUAGAAUGUAUAGGCUCGUUGGGCCCAGGUGGGAUUUAAUAGCUGGUCGGAUUCCAGGUCGAAAACCAGAAGAAUUAGAGAGGUAUUGGAUCAUGAGACAUUGUGAUACAUUUGCUGACAAAAGAAAUCAGCAAGACAACUCUGAAAAAUGUUGGUCGUCGAAUGUUUAA